AAUAUUUGGUAUAAAAAAAAAUCAAUAAAAAAAAUGAAAAUAAUUCAAACUUUGCUUAUUAUUAAAAUAUUAUUUGCUUUCAUAAGGUGCUAAACCUAAACCACAUCUCCUAAUACUGAUAAUAGUAGCGAUAGUGGCAUAAGUACUGCUGUUGCAGUUACUAUUGCAGUAUUACUGUUUGUAGUCAUUGGAGUUUUGUGUAUAUCUUGUUUUGCUUAUCAUUGCUAUUAUAAAGAUAGAUUAAAAAAACUAAAGUUAUAAAAAGCAGCUUAAAAUAACUAAUUUAAUGAGUUUAUGGUAAAUUAAAACGGAUAGCAAAUGCCCUAAGUGUAAAUGAAUCAACAAAUGUACUACAAUAAUUAACCAUUUAUAACGACUACAUAGCCAACUUAACCUGCUUAUUAUGAUCAGUUAUAGAAUAAUUACGUAUUAUAUUAUCCAAAUAAACAAUAAGUUGAUACUCCUACUUAGCAAUAAAUGUUUAUUGCCCCUUAGCCUCAAUAGUAAAUACCUGGGAUAUAUUAACCAUAAUUAGGAGUUAUGUAACCACAAUAACAGCUUGUAAUGGGAAUUCCUUUGAAUGAUGAUUAGAAUCCUAUCACUGAUAAAAACCAAUAAACUAUAUCUCUUUGA